AUCAUUGUAUUGCACACCUCUAAAAAAAACACUGCCUCUGAUUUAUCAAUAUAAAAAAGAUCCUCUGAGAGGAGGAGGGCACUUUUGUGUGAUGGCAACUUCACUUCUAGGGCUCGGCGCUUUGCUCCGGAAUCAGACGCCGGCAGCCAAACUUGCUUCCUCCUGUAGAGUAGGAAGCAGCUGGGCGCCGGGGCUAUUGAGGGUGCCAGGAAGAACCGAGGUUGGGAUCGACUCCUCUGGCCAUGCUCGCUGCUACCUGCAAUAAGAUUGGCAGUCCCAGCCCGUCUCCCUCUUCCCUCUCAGACAGCUCUUCUUCCUUCGGCAAAGGCUUUCACCCCUGGAAACGCUCCUCUUCUUCCUCCUCCGGCAGUUGCAACGUGGUGGGCUCCAGUCUCUCCAGUUUCGGCGUGUCGGGGACCUCCAGGAACGGCGGCUCGUCUUCGGCGGCUGCGGCAGCCGCAGCGGCGGCAGCAGCGGCCGCGGCCCUGGUGUCCGACUCAUUCAGCUGCGGCGGCUCGCCAGGCUCUAGCGCCUUCUCCCUCACCUCCAGCAGCGCCGCCGCCGCCGCGGCUGCUGCAGCCGCCGCCGCAUCCAGCUCGCCUUUCGCUAACGACUACUCGGUGUUCCAGGCGCCCGGAGUGUCCGGGGGCAGCGGCGGCGGGGGCGGCGGGGGCGGCGGGGGCUCCUCUGCUCACUCGCAGGACGGCACCCACCAGCCGGUGUUCAUCUCCAAGGUGCACACCUCGGUGGACGGGCUGCAGGGUAUCUACCCGCGCGUGGGUAUGGCGCAUCCAUACGAAUCGUGGUUCAAGCCCUCGCAUCCCGGCCUGGGCGCCGCGGGCGACGUGGGCUCGGCGGGUGCCUCCAGUUGGUGGGACGUGGGCGCGGGCUGGAUCGACGUGCAGAACCCGAACAGCGCAGCGGCGCUCCCCGGCUCGCUGCACCCUGCCGCCGGGGGGCUCCAAACCUCGCUGCAUUCGCCGCUCGGAGGCUACAACUCGGAUUACUCAGGCCUGAGCCACUCGGCCUUCAGCAGCGGUGCCUCCUCGCACUUGCUCAGCCCCGCCGGGCAACACCUCAUGGACGGCUUCAAGCCGGUGCUGCCUGGCUCUUACCCGGAUUCGGCCCCGUCGCCGCUGGCCGGUGCCGGGGGUUCUAUGCUGAGCGCUGGGCCCUCGGCACCUCUGGGGGGCUCCCCCCGCUCCUCGGCGCGUCGCUACUCGGGUCGAGCCACCUGCGACUGCCCCAACUGCCAGGAGGCUGAGAGGCUGGGCCCGGCUGGGGCAAGCCUGCGACGCAAGGGCUUGCACAGCUGCCACAUCCCGGGCUGCGGCAAGGUGUAUGGCAAGACGUCGCACCUCAAGGCGCACCUACGCUGGCACACGGGCGAGCGGCCUUUUGUGUGCAACUGGCUCUUCUGCGGUAAGCGCUUCACGCGCUCAGACGAGUUGCAGCGGCACCUGCGGACCCACACUGGCGAGAAGCGCUUCGCCUGUCCGGUGUGCAACAAACGCUUCAUGCGCAGCGAUCACCUUAGCAAGCACGUGAAGACGCACAGCGGCGGCGGCGGCGGCGGCUCUGCUGGCUCGGGCAGCGGCGGCAAGAAGGGCAGCGACACCGACAGCGAGCACAGCGCCGCGGGCAGCCCGCCUUGCCACUCCCCAGAGCUGCUGCAGCCCCCAGAGCCCGGGCACCGCAACGGCUUAGAGUGACGCGCAUCCCCCGCCCGCCCCUCUCUCAGACCCCCUCCCACUCCGCUUAGGUCCCUUCUGCCCUGGCCUCAAUUCCAGCCUCUUUACUGUCCCUUGCGCUCUCUUUCUCUCUCUAUCCUCCCCAUGUAUGUAACUUUGUAAAGGGAAUAUGGACAUGUAAGUAACAUGCGCUGUUGUCCGGGUCCCUGCCUUUCUCUUUACACUGGAUAACUGUACCCGAGCCCCGAAAUGCUCAAAUCAGCGCCUCGCAGUCCUGGUAGUUCUUGUUCAUCUCUCCUCGUCUUCCCUCCUCCUUCCACAAAUUGUGACCGGCAUACGUUUCAGAGGCAGCGGAGCUAGAGCUGGACACAUCCAGUGCCUGGAAGACUGCGGGUCUUCAUUGGGGCGGGAACCAGGUUGAGCCUUGGGGAGAGGGAGGCAGGAGGCCGAAUCACGGCUUUUUCGCCCGGAAACUAACGGCUGGGGUACAGAAACGAAGUUCUGGGUACCUGGCUUCGGAGAGCCCUGCCUGGACACUGCGCGCCGCUGUCCGCCCAACUUGGUGUCGUUUGAGCUCCAUAGGGCAACCAUCCGCACCGAAACCCAUGAGUGUGCAGAGUUUUAGCCCUCCCAACGUCAGCUCUGCCUCUUUUUCUUUGUUCCCUGAGGUGGAACCGAGGCAAGUUUUAGCAAAGGGCAGUCUUGGCGAAUAGUUGUAGCAGUUUUCUUUCAUCUUUAUAGCAUUUUUUUUUUUAAUCUAAAAAAGAACAACUAAGAAACUUUUCCACUUGGUUUCCUUUCUAGAUAGUUUUGCCUCUAGCAGUGAGCAAGUCUUUCUCUUGAAACUGUGCUAAUAUUGAUCCCAAAGUUAUUUUGAUCGCAUUAACUUAACUUAUGGGGUGGGGGCGGGGGUGAGGGUCGGUGUCUUUUUCUUAUGCAAAAAUGCCCCUUUCCGGUGAGACCAGAUUAACUAUCACCAUGUUUGUCCUUUUCUACCUCGUUUUUUCACCCCUUCAGAGCUUAAUCUCCCAAUCUGUUUUGUUCGUCCAGCCGUCCAUUUGUAUAGUACCCAUUUCUGCAAAUUCUUGCAAUUCACUGAAGAUUUUUACGGUUAAUCUUUUUUUUUUUUUUUUGUGAUUUAAACUUAUAAAACAAGUGAAGAAGCUAUUUUAUUUCAGACGAGGCUGUAGUUUAAAUGCCAAAAGAGGGAAAAUAGGAAAGAAAAAAAAAAAAACCUUUGUAAAAUAUAUCUAAACCUAAUGGUUUGUACAACUGGAGAAUCGUUCUAGAUUAGUUACCGAUUAAUUAUAUAACUCCACCGGUGUAAGGGUGCGAGGUGCAGUUGUCCGGGAGACGAUUUUGUAUAGUAUUUUUUCUUGUACAUUACUUCCAGUAAAUAUUUGAAAAUAUAUUGAAGCUUGAUUUUUUUUUUUUGUCACAAGAAAAAUAUUAAGAGUUAUUGUUGCAGUUCUGAUGAGCUGCAGGAUUUUCGAACUCACUUCUGGAGGUGCAGAGCCACAAACGCACUUUCAGGGCCUAGUUUUGCUCGAAUAUGACUUUAGAUAGGUAUCAAGCUGUAACUAAGACAAUAUUUGAUAAAUGUUGGAUGACACUUAAUUUAAUGGAGCAUGUACUUAUUUGCAUUUGCUGGCAGUUCAGGCAUAGUUAAAGUGAGAGUUCUCCUAUAUUUCAUAACUGGGUCUGCCAAAACCCAUGUAUUAAAUAAAUUGUCCAAGUGAAACUUAACUAACUUUGGCCUUUGUGUAUUUCCUGAAGGUAAUAGUGUUAAUUGUUAUAAACACUCCUGACACUACAUUUAGAUGUUUGCAGAUUCUGCAAACUAAUUGUUCAUUGUAAUGUUGAAAUAAUUUGGAUAUUUCACAUUGAAAUGAAAAGCCUUUCUCUGGAACAUUUUAGACUUGCAUUUUAAAUGCAUGAAAUGUAAUUGAUUUAUUUGUAAUAUUCUAAAUAGUAUUAAUAAACUGAGAUAAAAGACUAGGCCA